AUGGCAAAGUGUGCUAAGUGCAGCAAGGUAAUUACAAAAAAAUUUGCCGGACUGCAGUGUGGCAGGUGCAAUAAAUGGUGGCAUGCAAGCUGUGCAUCGUUAACUACCGAGCAAUUAGGCGCCCUAACCGCUGUGGAGUCCGCAGAUUGGAAGUGCAAGCCUUGCUCUAAUCAAACCAAUCAAAGACGAAUCUCAGCCAUCCUCCCAGAUGAAGAGGAUGAAAAUACUGACUCUGAGAUAGCAGGGCUAGCAAACCAUGGCAGUAUGAUGCAGGAAAUACGGCGCCAAAUCAGAGAAACCAUACAGGAAGAAAUGAAAAGAAGUCUCCAGUUUUUCUCUGACAAAUUCGACGAAUUUCAGGAGGCAAUCAAUAGCUAUGAAGAAAAAAUCAAAAUAAUAGAUAGACAAUACAAAGAUUUAAACAACAAAUAUACCCACAUUAAAAAUAAAUCAGAAUUUAUGGAACAAAAAAUAAACGCAAUAGAUAGAUUAGAAAUGGAAGCAGAAAGCGUUAUCAAAGUGUACAGAAAGCAAAACAAAUCUACCGACGGUCAGAAGAGGAAUGCAGGAACCCUGGUAAUAACUCUGAAAGAGGAUCAACGGGAUGCAUGGUUGGAAGCAGCAAAAACGAAGGUCAUUACGGAACGAGAUAUCGGAAGAGAGGAGCACAGCGACAACUGCUACUAUCUAUUCCGCGGUAAUAAAUGA